GCUCCUCGCCAAGGGCAACGGGCUCGGCCCGGGCGGCGGGAGCUGCUGAAGUUCCUCCAGCCCGCCUUCGCUCCUGCUCCUCGCCUCCAGCCCUGCUAGGGGUGCCCCGCCGCCCCAUCAGCUGCACCGGUGGUAGGGCGGCCUCCAGGCUGUGCUCCUGUGCCUACUGAUUUGCUAGAGGAGAGGGCGAAGCGGUUGCUUUGCUCGUGUCCGGCAUCCCAGGUGACUGAGAGACGCUUGGGUGCUGGUCCUCAGCUACAUCGCAAUUAUCACCAUCGCUGGGUUUCCACUAGGGGUAAGCAAUACUUUGAAUACAGCGUCUUUGCAUUGGAAGGUCUUGAUUUGCUUCACAAAUUAGGAAACAACAUUGGUAUUUUCAUUUUCAAAGUUGAAGUGUCAAGCAGAAGAUGUCAGACAGCCAUCCAGUGAGAUUCAAUAUUCUUAAAAGAAAUAGAUUAACAUCUCCCAGGAGCAACUUUAAAUACUCAAAUUUUAAAGAUACGUGUUACGUUCCAGCAUUUCUGGACAGCAGGUGCAAUGAGUCAGUAAAAGAUCCUGAUGCAGAACUUGAAGAAGCACCGAGUUUAACAAGUGUAUCCUUGCUACAGGAGCAUUCUGAGCACAUGCAUCCAAGUGCCUUCUUUCCCAGGUCACCAUCUAUUGAAAAAGAGUUGAAUUCUAUCUCCUUAUCAGAAGAAAGAGAAGCAGAUAGAAGUGUCGAUUUUUUUGAAACUCCUAAAUCGAGUAGAAAAGGCUCCUCACUCCGUAGGAGGCUGCUUUUACCCAAGACUGUUGAAGCUGGCACAACUGUAGGAUGCUGUGAAAGACAACCUAGUUCUUCGGGAGGCAUCAGGAAAAAAAUAUUCUCUUGUGUUUUGAGCUCUGAAGAAAAGCUUUCACAAACUGUUGCAGAUUCUCCAAAAGAUAAAGGUUACAAACCUCUGACAACUAGCACUUCAGAAGCUGAGGACUCUAACCCUGACUCUCCGAAACGGAGGCUUUCCUUUUCACAACAAAGGACUUCUACGCUAGAGGAGUCCCAGUGUAAGGACCCCUUAUUGUUAGAAUCAGAAAGUUUAUCUCCAAUUCAGUGGAAGGAUGUCACUGCUAGUAACACUAAUGAAUUUAAUGAAAAUGUUCUUAUGAGUGUUAGAGAUGGGGUGCUUAGGACUCCUACUUACAAUGUGUUACCUGAGGCCAGUGAGGGUAAAUUCCUGACUUCUAUCACCAGUCCUGUAGAGAACUCAAACUUUGGACUAUGUGAUAUCAACUCUUCCCCUGUUAAGGUAGCAAAUGACCCUGAUCUUUCAACACCUGAAGAUAGUGGAUAUAAUUCACUUCCUUUGGACAAAUCAGGAGACUCGUUGUCUGAUCAUGAGGGAUCUUUCCAAGAGCUCUUCCAAAAGCACAAAGAAGAUUCCAAAACUUUAGACAGUAAAAGAAAGACAAGAAAACUUGAGCGAGUCAGAAGGUUAUCUACUCUUCGGGAACUAGGCUCCCAGUCAGAGACAGAAGAUAAUCAUGGCAGUCCUACUUCAAUGCAUAUAUUAACAAAAGAAAGAAACUUUGUCAGUGAAGAUCAUGAGUUAGUUCUAAAAGAACAGCCUAGUGGAGACGUGGUUGUAGGUCAUGGAGAUCUCUCAAGAACUCCAGCUCUGAAAAUAGUUCAUGAAAUUUGCUUGCAAAGACAAAGAUCACACCAAAAGCAAAUCUCAGAGCAUGUUGAUGGAACAGAAAUAUUUGCAUUAGAUCAUGUUCUUCCUGGACUUAUUGGCAAGAAAAUGGGCCUUGAAAAAUUAGAUAUUUUAACAGAAUUAAAAGAUAGAAAUUUAAAACAUGUUCUUGCUAUAGUUUUAGAUGCUUUGACAGUGGAAAAUCUAUGCAGUAUUUGGAAAGUAAGCAAAAGCUGGCAAGAAAUCAUUGUACAAGACAGAAGUGCAGAUAAGAGGAGAAAGUUGUACACAAAACAGCUGAAAGAAGCAGCUCGGGAAUACUUACUGAAGGCUGAAGAUGCUGCUACAAGACUUAAUAUUCUCAAUAGAUCUGCUCUAAGGCCUGUUCAAGCUCAAGCCAGAACUCCUAUUUUGCAGCCACCACACACUGAACUUACACCUAGGAGAUGCAGUUCUGUUCCCCACUCAGCUAGUAGGCAGGAAGAAUACAUGAAAGUUGCUAAAACUUUGUUCACUGAUGAAGCGCUAAAACCCUGUCCAAGGUGUCAAUAUCCUGCUAAAUAUCAGUUGGUAAAGAAACGAGGACUAUGUAGCAGAGAAGCAUGUGCAUUUGAGUUCUGUAUUUUAUGUCUGCAUGCAUUCCAUGGGUCAAAAGAAUGUAAUAGUUUAUCUGCAAAACGGAAGAAUAAAAAAGACGCUCCACCAGGAAGUGCCCAAAGCAAAAGAAAUUUAAAAAGACUCUGAAUUUGUAAGGCAUGCAACUCCUUAGAUUUAAUUCCUUUUCCCCUUCCCCUAAAUUCCUAAUCUUGUUCCUGUUCUUCCUGAAGGUAUGCAUUUUGAAAGUAUCAUCCCAUUUGUUCCUGCUGACUUACCAAGAUAAUCUCUCAUGUAUAUAGCUUAAUUAACAUAGUAUAUUUAUGUUUUUUAAAAAAUGAACAUUAAAAAAUAUUUUGUCUUGUUUUACCUGUUGUGUAGUAGGUAGGAACUUACUAACAUCUUGAUUUUAAAUAAAGUGUCUUAAAUGUAGUCUUCAAUAUUUAGCUUACAGUAUCUUAUAAAAGUUU